AUGCGGGAGCCCACGCAGGUGCAGCGCGGCACCAUCCCCGCCGUGCUGGCGGGCCGCAACGUCAUUGGCGUCGCGCACACCGGCAGCGGCAAGACGGCUGCCUUUGCGCUGCCCAUACUGCAAAAGCUGGCCAAGAACCCCUUUGGCGUCUUUGCCCUGGUCCUCACCCCCACCAGGGAGCUUGCCUUCCAGCUGGCCGACCAGUUCCGGGCGCUGGGUACCGGCAUGUCUCUGAAGGAUUGCGUGGUGGUGGGCGGGCUGGACAUGACGGCACAAGCAAAGGAGCUCGCGCGGCGGCCGCACGUCGUCAUCGCCACGCCCGGCCGCCUGCGCGGCCUGCUGCAGCUGGACGGCGAGCUGGCGAGGGUGUUUGGCAGGGCGCGGUUCCUGGUGCUGGACGAGGCGGACCGGCUGCUGGAGCCCAGCUUUGAGUCUGAGCUGGCGGUGGUGCUGGGCGCGCUGCCCGAGCGGCGCCAGACGCUACUCUUCUCGGCCACCAUGACACAGACGCUGGUGGAGCUGCAGAAGCAGCUGCUGCGGGACGCCUACCACUUCCAGGCGUACGAGGGCCUGCAGACGGCGGCGAAGCUGCGCCAGGAGUACCUCUUCCUGCCUGCCAAGGUCAAAGAGGUGUACCUGGUGCACCUGCUGGGGCAGCUGGAGGAGCUGCAGUGCCGCUCGGCCAUCAUCUUUGCGGGGACGUGCAAGGGCUGCCACCUGCUGUCGCUGCUGCUGGAGGAGCUGGGCAUCGCAGCGGCGGCGCUGCACAGCCACAAGCCGCAGCGCGCGCGCCUGGAGGCGCUGCACCGCUUCAAGAGCGGCUCCGUGCCGAUCCUGCUGGCCACCGACGUGGCGUCGCGCGGCCUGGACAUACCCAGCGUGGACCUGGUGGUCAACUACGACCUGCCGCAGAUGGCGCGCGACUAUGUGCACAGGGUGGGCCGCACGGCGCGCGCGGGGCGCCGCGGCUGGUCCCUGUCAUUUGUGACGCAGUACGACAUCGACCUGGUGCAGCAGAUCGAGGUGUUGGUGGGGCAGCAGCUGGGCAAGUUCGAGCUGGAGGAGGCGGAGGCGCUCAAGGGCAUCACCAAGGUGUAUUCCGCCAAGCGUGCCGCCGCGCUGCGCGUGGCGGAGGAGGAGCAGCGCGGGCGAGGCGGCGGCGCCGCGGCGGCCGUGGCGGCGGAGCGCAAGCGCAAGAAGCGCAAGCAGGCGGCCGCAGCCUGA